UGGAAAUAAGGGGAGAGAAAAAGGAGACGAAGACUCUGCUCAAUCCUCAUACUUCCCUUCAUUUUUCAUCUCCUCUCUCUCAAUACUCUGCUGCCGCUGCUUUCUCUCUCUAAAAUUGCCCUUCUCCGACGUUGUUGCUUCUCUCCAUUGGUUGUACGGUUGAGAGGCGUGAGCUCGACGAGGAGCAGAGCCGUAAUUGCACAGACCUCCGUUCGGGUUUACCUGUAGCGUGUGAUAGAGUGGAGGCUCUCCGCACUCGAUCGGGGGUUUAUUAAGUUUCGCAAAUAAUUUUUCUUUUCGCGGGGAGGUUCUGUUUCCAUGGAAAGUUCUGAAUAUUAGUCUGCUCAAUAGACUAAAAAGGUUUUGGUGUGGGAGCUUGGGGUUUGCAAUACUAAUGCAUUGCAGACUGGAUUGAUUAGCACUACAAAGAAAAUGUUGGAAGGUCCCAAGUUUACUGGAAUUGUAGGGCUAAACAAUAAUCAUGAAAAUUAUGUGAUGCAUUUUUAUCACAAGCUCAAUGAGGGAUCAAAUAUGUCGACCGAAAGUUUUGGGAGCUUGCAGAUGAGCAAUGGUGGAGGGUCUGUCGCGAUGUCGGUAGACAACAGCAGUGUUGGGUCAAAUGAUUCCCACACUCGUAUCUUGGGCCACAAUGGCCUCAGGCAUGUCAAAGACUAUUCUGUUGCUGCCAGUGUCAAUCAUGGAAGAGUUUCUCAUGGGCUGAGUGAUGAUGCCCUCGCUCAAGCUCUGAUGGAUCCUCGGUAUCCUACUGAAGGACUUGGGAAUUAUGAUGAGUGGACGAUUGACCUGAGUAAGCUGAACAUGGGGCUUGCUUUUGCUCAGGGUGCUUUUGGGAAGCUCUACAGAGGCACGUAUAAUGGUGAGGAUGUUGCAAUUAAGCUUUUGGAGAAGCCAGAGAAUGACGCCGAGAGGGCACACUUGAUGGAGCAGCAGUUUCAACAAGAAGUAAUGAUGCUGGCUACGCUUAAACACCCAAAUAUUGUUCGCUUUAUUGGUGCAUGUCGAAAGCCCAUGGUGUGGUGUAUUGUGACAGAAUACGCCAAGGGAGGGUCAGUGCGCCAGUUCUUGACAAAACGCCAGAAUCGUGCAGUGCCCUUGAAAUUAGCUGUCAAGCAGGCCUUAGAUGUGGCUAGGGGGAUGGCUUAUGUUCAUGGAUUAAAUUUGAUCCACCGGGACUUGAAAUCUGACAAUCUUCUAAUUGCCGCUGACAAGUCUAUUAAGAUUGCAGAUUUUGGUGUAGCUCGUAUUGAAGUUCAGACAGAAGGAAUGACACCAGAAACAGGCACAUACCGAUGGAUGGCCCCAGAAAUGAUCCAACAUCGGGCUUAUACCCAGAAAGUUGAUGUAUAUAGCUUUGGGAUUGUCCUAUGGGAGCUAAUCACAGGGAUGCUCCCAUUCCAGAAUAUGACUGCCGUUCAGGCAGCAUUUGCUGUGGUGAACAAAGGUGUUCGGCCAACCAUCCCGAACGAGUGUCUGCCUGCUCUGAGUCAGAUCAUGAUGCUCUGCUGGGAUGGGAAUCCUGAUGUUAGGCCGUCCUUCAAGGAGGUGGUUAGAAUGCUCGAGACUGCCGAGACUGAGAUCAUGACUACUGUGAGAAAAGCUCGUUUCAGGUGCUGUAUGAGUCAACCGAUGACUACAGAUUGAUGCAGAGAAAAAAAAAAGAAAUCUACUCCAUAAGAAUUGGAAAAAAAGGCGACUGAUUUUGUGCCAGGGUUAUGUAUUUAUGUAUGUAUGCAUGAUCAGUCUAAAUUUCUUUCCUAGAAAGUUUAUGAUACCAACUGCUUGCUUUUGAUUUUUAACUUUCUGGAUUUUAAGAUACUGUUUUUAGUGAUAAUAUAGUCUCAUAUCUUACAAUA